UUUGUCGAUUCGGGUGCCAGGCCCAUUUGCCCCGUGGCAAGGGCACACAUUUAUCGCCCUGCAGUUUCACUGUGGGGAAAACACCAUAAAUGACUGCAGAAUGUGUGCUUUUCUCUGUCUCCUUUGUGUCUCACUCGCUCCAAGGCGACUUUCAAGUGCGCGAACAAAGUCCAGUGAAUCGUGGCCAGAGAGGCUCUCACAUCGCGCUGCGAUUCAGUCUCUGGUCAGCUGUGGACGGAAUCCCAUCCAGAGGCUGCGAAGGCAUCGUCUUUUGUGUGAGAUUUCUCGUCUCUUUGUGUGUUUUUCCCUUCGCAAAUACUCAUCGUCGAAAAGCUCCCGUGAGAAACCCUUCAAAGUGGCCAGAGAGCGACAGAGAGAGGGAGAGUGGCGCGAGAGAGAGAGAGAAUGAAAAGCAGUGUUACUUUUCUUCUGGCCAUAUAAAAUUGAAUGGCUGAGCAACGAAGACAAUAAAAUCAUAGUGGAAAUUGGAGAGUGAAGUAUAAAUGUUGAAAAGCGGAGUUUGAGGCAACGGAGAGCGACGGAGGGGAGGUGAAUUGGGAGCAGAGGCGAGAGGAGAGCAAAAAAUGUAAACAAAGACACUCAGCUGCUCAGUGAGAACGGAUCGGAAGGCGAAAAAAGUGUCUCAAUUUGAGAUUAGCGAGUCAAAGUUGAAGUAUAAAUUUUGCUGAAGAGACGUGAAAUCUCAUUGGCUUUCUGUGCCACGCAAGAGUGUGAGAAAUCGAGUGCAGAGAAGGGCUCUUCCCGUGGCGUAAAAGUUUCACCGCCACUCGCGCGUCUGGGGCUCUCGCGGGAGGACGAAGGGCGGCAGGAUGGGAAUGGCUGGGCAGACAAUUGAUCGGGACGAGGGGGAGCGAAUGUCUUGUGCUCAUGAAAUCACAAUGUCUCGGGGAGCUGCGAACGGCUCGGCGGCUGGCUCCUCGCACAACAGCUCAGCAGACAUGCAGCAGGAUGUCCAUGCGAAUGGGAACGCGACGGAGGGCGAGGACAAGUGUGGCUAUGCGAACGGUGGCCCGCGGACAAUUCAUCUGGAUCAGACGGAGCGUGACAUUGUGCGCCUCAUUGGGCAGCACCUGAAGAUUGUGGGCCUCGAGAGGAGUGCCGAGUUGCUGAUGGAGGAGUCCGGGUGCUGCCUGGAGCAUCCGUCGGCGAUAAAGUUCCGCGCGCACGUGCUGUCUGGCGACUGGGUGAAGGCGGAUCACGAUCUGCAGGAGUUGCAUCCGCUGAUCGAUGGGAAGCACAAUAGUAUUGGGGAGAUGCGUUUUCUCCUGCUCGAGCAGAAAUACCUGGAGUUUCUCGAGGAGGGCCGUCCGCUGGACGCUCUGCAUGUGCUAAGGAACGAGCUGACGCCGCUGCAGCACAACACGCCGCGCGUCCAUCAGCUCUCGUCGUAUAUGAUGUGCGCCAACAACGAGGAGCUGUACCAGAGGGCGUCGUGGGAGGGCAAGGGUGUCAAGUCGCGCAACAAGCUGAUGGACCGGCUGCAGAACUUCCUCCCACCGACCGUGAUGUUGCCACCGCGGCGUCUGCGCUCGCUCCUCAGCCAGGCCGUGGAGAUGCAAACUGAGCGGUGCACCUGCCACGACAUGGCGUGGGAGACAAACAUUGACAAUGUGUCUCUGCUCGUGGAUCACUGUUGCUCGCAAGAGGAGUUCCCGAUGCAGCCGCUGCAGGUGCUGAAUGAGCACUGCGACGAGGUGUGGUACUGCAAAUUCUCGCCGGAUGGCCUGAAAUUGGCCACUGGCUCCAAGGACACGUCGGUGAUCAUAUGGGAUGUGGAUCCCAAGGCGAUGUGCGUGAAGCAACGCCGCACGCUUGAUGGACACACGUACGGCGUGAGCUUCAUCGCAUGGCAUCCAGACUCCAAGCAUCUCAUUGUCGGCGGUCCUGAAGACUGUCCCGACCUGUGGAUCUGGAACAUUGAAGAGGAAAAAGUGAGAAGAAUGAGUGGCAAUGUUGGGGAUUUUCCUUUUUCUUAUUCUCUUUCUUUGCAGCAAACGAAAAUGUCUCACUCGCCGGAAGAUAGUUUAACUUGCGCAGCCUUCAGUCAGGAUGGAUCACGCUUCGUGACUGGAGGCGUGCGUGGUCAAUUCUAUCUUUGUGACAUCGAUGGAACCAUUCACGACACGUGGGAUGGCGUUCGUGUCAAUGGGCUGUAUUUCAAGUCAGACAAUAGGACAGUAUUGGCAGCCGACACUCACCAUCGCAUCAGAUCUUAUGCAUUCGAUACUCCACGCGGCGAUCAGACUAUUGUUCAGGAGCAACAUGCAAUUAUGACGUUCUCCGUCAACGCCUCAGAGCGUCUAGCGCUGCUGAACAUCUCACAGCAAGGACUGCAUUUGUGGGAUUUACAGGAUCGCUGCUUGGUGCGGAGAUUCCAGGGCGUGACGCAGGGCAAUUACACGAUUUACUCCACCUUUGGCGGUAUUCACGAGAGUUUUGUCGCGAGUGGAAGUGAGGACAAUAAAGUGUACAUUUGGCAUAUAAAGCGUGAGGAACCGCUGGCCAGACUCGUUGGACACACGAGAACGGUCAACUGUGUCUCCUGGAAUCCCGUCUAUCCGGCCCUCCUCGCCUCGGCGUCCGACGACGGCACUGUGAGACUCUGGGGACCCAAAACUGUUCCUCAGCACGCGACAAAUUCAGAGAGUGAUGAUUGCUCCUCAACGUCAUCUUCAUCUUCCUGUAUGACAACGUAAAAGUUGCGUGCGCUCUUGAUGUUCGAGAGAUGUUUUGUUCUCUUCUUAGGAUUGUUUGUCAAUUGCAUUCUGAAACAAAAAAAGGAAAAUAAAAUUGUAAAUUAAAGAGAUAAUUAGAGGUAAAAUAGUAUGAAAAAUGAAAAUACAAAUGUUAUAGUGAGAAAAUGUAAGGGAAAUAAUGGUAAAUUUUCUUCGAAAAUGUGUAUAAAAGCUGAAUAUAUAGAAAUUUCCUUUCUCUAUUAUGAGAAUAACAAGUAAAAAAAAAAUACAGAGAAUAGAGUUUAUCGUGUUGACAAAAUUUAAGAGAAUGCUAAAGAAUGAGAGAAAGAAUGAAAAAGUGAGAAAUGUGACGAAUUUUUUUUCUAAUGUCUCUUUUUUAAGAUAAGAAUUAUGUUUUUCUGUGCCGCCCAAGUUGUUCCUGAGCGCAUUAAGAAAGGCGAUGAGACACAAUUUUCGUGAAAUUGUGAGCCUUUUAGUGCGCGCGCUGGGGAAAAAAACACACUCACCUGAAGAGAUGUUUCACAAUGUUAAUUUAUAUUUAUUUUUAGUAACGAGGAUUUUUGUUGUAUUAAUUUCACGCUGUAAUUAACUAAAGUGCGCUCCAAUGUGUAAUUUUUUUUGUGUGUUUUCUCACUGAAAGGGAGACUUUUUUUGCGAUGAGCAGAAGAGCUUUUUGUAAAAUUACAAUAAUAUAGAGAAUAAGGAGAGAGAGGAAGAGAUAAACAUUUUUCAUCUCGUGUUUUUCUUUUAAUUUCAGUAGAUUGAGACCAUCCACAACCAUUCAUCAUCCACAUUCAUCCAUAAAAAGAAAGAAUAAAACUGUGUAAAUUCAUUAGAUAUGGACAAUGAUAAUAAGAAUCAUUAACUAAUCGAGGAAGUGUCUGUAAAUUUAACUAUAAUUUCGGAAACUUACAUUAAAUUGAAACUUGCAAUAGAAAAGAACGAAGAAAACUGCUGCAGAUGAAGAGAGAGAGAGAGAUGGAAAUAGAUAAGGACAAGCCCUUUUGUGGUAAACUAAUGAAAUAGAAAUGAAGAAUAUGUUGUUGAAAGGUAAUAUUUAUUAAGAAACAGAGAUUAGGAAUAGUGACAAGUUUUGCAUUUUGAAAGGAAUGAAGAAUAAGAGAAUAUUUUAUUGUUGCCUUGAAGAAUAUCUUGUUGAAUGAAAAAUUGCAUUGGAGCCCACUUUUGAUUUGAUCUUUGUCCCCCUUUUUGCGUCUCAGUAAAGCAAGUGUCUAAAUGUGAAAGGAUCUUUCUUUUUUUUUUACUAUGAUUUAAAUAAAGAGGAGGAAAAACCUAAAUACUUUAAGUGUCGUGUGUUAUUUAUAUAAAGUAAAUAAUAUUAUAAUAAUUGAAGUGAGGAGAGAGAGAGUAACAUAUUUUAGAAUCGAAGUGAAUAAAAGUACAUUUUCAUGUGAAUUUUAAUUUGUUUCAACUUCUUUUUUAUACCUUGUGAAAAGAGUAAAAUGCAGUUAAAAUAUUAUUAUCAAGAGACUGAAACACGACAAAAUUAAUCAAUUUAUAAAAGAUAACAUGAAGAAAAAAAAUGGCGUGAAGAACCAAAAUGGAAGGAAAACUGUUGUUGUUCAGAAAAGAGUUUCAGGUGUAAAUUUAUGAUGAAUAAACGAUAUCCUCUUAAUCAAAAAGCAAAAAAAGUAAUAGAAUUUUUUAUACCGUGAAAACAAGAAACAAGACCAGAAAACAGAAACAUAAGUUCGAUAGAAGUUGCGCAAUAAUAGACGAAGAAAUAGGAAAUUAGAAGUGGACAAAAAGAUGCUUUUUCUCGAAAUCUUUAGUCACAAAUGUAGGCUCUUAAUUUUAAGAGAAGAGAAGAGAAGAAUGCUGAAAGACAAAAAGCACACAAUAAUUAAUGUUCUAAGAGGAUUUCUUCAUAUAUUCUGAGGAUAAGAGGAAUUUUGUGAAUUUUCAGAUUAAUAAUCUCAAAUUCUGAAUAUCUUAUCAUGGAAUGCAAAUAUGAGUUUUAUAGGGAAAGGCUUAAUUUAGACUGUUGCCAUUAUUUUAUUCCCAAGAAUAUUCUAAAUACAUUUUUCAUAGUCAUUUAUAAAGAAUAAUUUGCCGAAAUUAUGCAAAGGAUUCACAAAAAUUUUACGAGAAAAGUGAAAACGUCAAUUCAAAUCAUAGAUUUAUUGAUUGUCAGUCAGAUUGUCUCGCCUUAUAAUGCUUUUAUUUGCAUACUUUGAUGCUUAUUAUCUUCGACAACGAACAUAGAAAUUUAAAUUUGGAAUUGUGCGGUUUCUUACCUUUCCAUUUACACCUCAGAAAUGAAGGAAUUCUUUACGAAAAAUACCUGAAAACUACAUUUUCAUGAUGUUUUUGGUUCUCUAAUUCUCUAUGGAAGAAUUCUAAAUGUGAAAAGACACAAAAAAAUGUGACUACAAAAGAACCUCUUUAAAUGCGAUGGAAGAAGUAAAACUAAGGAGAUUUUAAGGGAAUAUUCUUUCGAUUAAUAUCGCUAACAUUGUUCAUGUGUUAUUUAGUAACAAAAAUGAUAAAACGAACCUGAUGAGAAAAUGCACAUUUUCUCCACAAUCUUUUGCUUUGUGCUGCUGUGAAGAGAAGUUGCGUGAUGAGAGGGAAAUUCUUCACUGGCUUUUUUUGCCAUUUCUCAACACUUUCGUGCAAUAUUUAUAAUUCUCACCUUGAUAAACAACUUUUUGCCAGUUUGACUUAUACAGUAAAAUAUUCGCAUCGGGACUUUGAAGGUUUUCUCGGGAAAUCCAGUGAAGAAUUUCCAUCUGAAGAGUGAUUUUGAUGAAUCGACAUUGUGAGAAUGUGAGAUUAUUUGGCAGAGAAAAAACUACUCUAUAUUGAUUUUACCACAAUGAUGAGAAAGAGAAUUUUAUAUCAAACAGAAGAGUCGUUUUUAGUGCGGGGAUUUACGAGUGAUUAGAUUUGGUAGACGAGCGAGAGAGAGAGAGAGUAAGAAAACACGGUGAAUAAUCGACAUAAUUUAUUGCUAAACUAUAAAUUUGAUGACAAAAAUGAUACACAAGUAUGAAAAAAAAAACACUUUAUUGAAAGCUCUAUAUAUAAAAGUAA